AUGGGUGCGCUGGGCCGCAUAUUUGCAAUUGCACAUCCAAACAGACACUCCUUCAGCCUUCGAGACCCCAACAUAUCGUAUCCAUUUGCAGUCAAAGAAACUGUCUCCGUUGAGGUGCUUGUCCUGGUCACUCUCCUCGCGCCGCUCGUUCUGAUUGCGCUUUUCAGUCUGCUCUUCAUACCGGGUCGAACUGCUGCUGCAGGGGCACCGAGCUCCCUGGUAUGGCGACGGAAGCUGUGGGAGUGGAAUGCGGGCUGGAUGGGCUUUGGAAUUGCAUACGCUUGCACUUAUGCUGCGACGGAAGGAAUGAAAGUGCUCUUUGGAAAGCCCAGGCCAGACAUGCUUAGCAGAUGUGACCCGGACUUGUCUGAUAUUUCCAAACACGUUGUCAGCGGGUUGGGCCAGAGACUCGAUGGCGCGCCAGAGUUGGUUACUUGGACAAUAUGUCGCAAUACAGCGAGCAUGCUGCUGCGUGACGGCUUCGUCAGCUUCCCCAGCGGUCAUUCAUCCAUGUCUUUUGCUGGUCUCGUAUACUUGACUCUCUGGAUGUGCUCCAAGCUUUUCCUUGCGUUCCCCAACAUAUCUCCGAAUCUCUUUACUCGAGACAUCCGCGCUUCCUCCUUCCAUCCACAUCCUCCACACCAAGAAGGCGAAGACACCUGCGAAGCGCAGUCCUGCCCAGAUGAAAUACCACUACGUGAGCAGGGAGCUGCUCCACCAACAUACCUCAUCCUCAUUGCCGCCAUCCCUAUCUGCACUGCCAUGUUCAUCGCCAGUAGCAGGUGGGUGGACAACAGGCACUUUGGAUUUGAUAUCAUAUUUGGAGCCGUGCUUGGCACACUAUUUGCUUGGAUCGGAUUUAGUCUCUACCACCUCCCCCUCGCAUCAGGUGCUGGUUGGGCAUGGGGUCCAAGGAGCAGGCAUUUCGCCUUCUUUGCUGGAGUCGGCUUCCCGACUUAUGGAUGUGCCAUGGACAAACAUGAGCAUGCAAGAGCAUCUAUUCCGCAAUGA